UUAGCGUGUAGCAAAACCAAAACAAAAAUCGCAUUUCGCUGUUGCUUUCGAGAAAAUUUUUGGAUUUUUUGAAUUUCUCAUUUUCAUCGGUUUUUCAAGUUAAAACUUAUUGAUCCAGGUAACCAGAAACAUUCAGCCAACAUGAUAAAGCAGGAGAGCUGUUCGAAUCUUUGUCGGUUGUGUCUGAAAAGCUCCGAUGUGCUCGAUGAAAUCUUCGAUUCCUCCGAAGAUAAUUCGCUGGUGAUGCGGAUUAUGGCCAGCGUAUCGCUCGAGAUUCACCGUUCGGAUAAUCUGCCCAAGAAAGUGUGUCAAGCAUGUCACUACCAGCUGGAGAAAACGUACGUCUUCCGUAAUCGAUGUCGGGUUAAUGAAUCCAGGUUAAAACGACACGUUAAACUUUUGGCAGCCGGGAAAAAUAGUUCAGUUCUGGACGAACUGGAAGAUGACGAUGAUGAUUACGAAGCCAGUCUCAGCUACAUUCGUAAGAUCGAUGCAAUCGAGCAGAAACGUAAUCAAGAACCUUGGGAGCAGAAAAUUGUAACCCUUAAAGAUGAAAUGAGAAACCUGGAAGCUUCAGUAAGAAAUGAAAUUUACCGCAAACGUAAUCUCAGAAAUGUUGCAACUAAUACACAUGAUAUAGAUGAUUUCAACGAACAGCACAGUGCUGCUGGAAGCAAAUCACUGAUUUCUGUAGAAUUCAUUUCUGAACCUCCCAAUCAUUUGUCCAGUCAGUCUUCCACUUCUUUCACAAUAGAAGCGACUGAAGGAUCCGAAUAUCCCGAUUACGAUGAGGAAAUGUUAGAAGUGGACGAAGACGAGGAAAAUAAAUACAACACGUCCCAGCCAGAUCACAGCAAUCAGUACAUCAUAUCUGAGGUUUCGGAUCCAGAUGCGUACGGAAUGGAUGAAGAGUUAGAUCUAGAAGAGCAGCACCUGUACGGACAAUCCGACGAUUCCGACGAUGUGCUAGAGGCAGUUACUAAUGCAGUUAAAGCAGAAUUGGCUGAGCAACCGGGAUUUGACAUCGAUGACAAAUGUGUCAUGAAGGUGGAAAAAGAUAGGGACCGAACGAAGGUUGAAGUUCAGGGCAUGGAUGGGUCCAUCAUUUGUAUGGAGUUUAACACUGAAAGUACCAAUAAACGCCGUGAAUCUAUGGCAGCCCUCAAAGCUGAUGGAACCUUCCGAUGCCGACACUGUGAGCAGGUUUUCGAGACUAUCGAACAGCUGAAGACUCACGCUAGCACUCAUCCGGUUAGUGGACAUAUCUGCAAUAUAUGCGGAAAAUGGUGCCCCACCAAGAGCUCUAUCGAUCGCCACUAUAGGAUUCACACCGGAGAAAAACCGUUCCUCUGUGGAGAGUGCGGCCGAGGUUUUAUCCAAAAGGAGGUUCUCAAACGACACAUGAUGAUUCAUACUGGGUACAAACCGUUUCCCUGCGAGCACUGCAAUCGCCGGUUCGGGCAGAAAAACGCGCUAAAGCUGCACAUCGAGAAGGAACACAAUCCGAACACCACGCUGGUACCCUUCAAGUGUAAUCUCUGUGACAAAUCGUUCAAAUACUCGUCCGGACUCAGCCGGCACAUGGCGGCCGGGCAUUUCGGGCGAACCUUUACCUGUCACUGUGGCCGGGUCUUCCAGGAUCAGAGUUCUUUGCGCCGGCACGAAAAGGAUGUCUGUAGUAGGAAAAACUCGGGCUAGACCGUUGAUGACAGAUAUGCAUUUCUUCUAACGUUUAGAU